AAUCCGGCUUGUUGUGUGGGUUAGCGGACGCACGUUUCGCUGCGCUAGGAAGGCGUGGAACGCGGCGCACCUUCCGCAAUAGUUGCCGGCGUCGCAAAACGUACCGCGCCGUGUGCGGCAGGCGCGCUCGAGGCGGCUUCCAUCCAGCCUUGAGCCGCGGCGCAGUCUCCGCGUAACCUAUCCGAGCUCCCUCGUCACCCUAUACCGACACGGCUCAUUUCGCCAAUUUCUUUCGUUCUUCGCCAUUUCUCUUCGCCGUACGUCGUCCUCAGGGCCUCCAUCGUCGCUCUCGCGCUUAUUUCCAAUCCAAACAGCCUCUUUCGUCGAUCCCGAGGCUGGCAGCUUCGUAACAUACAAGGCUGUAAUAGGCCGAUUGAGGUGCCAGCCUUAGCACCGAUAGCGCGCUCAUCGAUGUCCAUGACAGCAGCAGCACAUUAGUCCACGUCCACGUCAUCGUAGCGGCUUCUCAUUUACCAGAAUCCACGUCAGCGCUGCUGAUGUGGCGUGCGCUGCUGCGAGAGGCGUGGGACAGAGCGGCUUUGAUGACCGAAUUCGCGUGCUGCUACCAUGUGUUCACUAACUACGUCAUGGAUGUCACCAUGUGCAUGGGACCCAGCAUGCUCCCAACACUGAACGCAGCAGGAGACGUGGUUCUACUCGAGCACAUCACGCCCAAACUUCACGGGUUAAAGCCCGGCGACAUAGUGGUGGCGAAAUCGCCCUCCAACCCGCGCAUGCUGGUGUGCAAGCGCAUAGUGGCGAUGGAGGGGCACGAGGUGCAUGCCAUGCCGCCGCCCAGAGGCAUUGUGAUUGGCGGAGGGGGGCAUGGGGAGUGCCAUACAGUGGUCCCAAGGGGCCACGUGUGGCUGCAGGGAGACAACCUCUUCAACUCCACUGACUCACGGCACUACGGCCCCGUGCCCCUUGCUCUGGUCAAGGGGAGGGUCUUCUACAGAGUAUGGCCUCCCAGGGAUUGUGGGCCAGUGCGCUAGCAUCUGCUCCCUCCCAGAACCUUGAACAUUCAUAGCGCCAGCACCAGUGGUUUUCCCGCUGUCAGCUUCGACAAACCAGGGCUCCUUCCUACCUACUAAGGAGAGUGGUCAACUGCAGGAUUGUGGGCCAGUGUGCUAGUCUUAGCUCACUUCCAACAUCCAUGGCUCCCCCAACACAAACCGUCUUCCAACUCACUCAAUUUCCUCAAGCAGCAUCCUAUGGUCCAGCACCAGCUGUGCGGCAAGUUUCGUGUGGAACUACCAUAAAUAUUCAAGGAAUGGGACACAUUCUGGGCAGAUUACUGCCGCUGAUUUGCGUUCAUAAGUGUACAUAUGAGAUACCUCUUG